GCUGUCUUUACCGUCUUUGUGGUUGAGCAGCAACGUGGGCUAAAGGAGUGUGUUGCGGAGUAGCAGCUGAUUCAUUCUGCGAGAAUAGUGAUUUCUAGCUGAUUCGGGAUGGACUCCUCUUUGAGUGCAGCUCAAAUCCGUGAGAAGUUCAUUGACUUCUUCCGUCGGCAUGAACACAAUUAUGUCCACUCAUCAUCCACCAUCCCGCUGGAUGACCCCACGCUCCUUUUCGCUAACGCCGGCAUGAAUCAGUUCAAGCCCAUCUUCCUCAAUACCAUCGAUCCGUCUCAUCCUAUGGCCAAACUGAAUCGUGCCGCCAACACCCAAAAGUGUAUCCGUGCAGGAGGCAAACACAACGAUCUGGAUGAUGUGGGUAAAGAUGUCUACCACCACACAUUCUUCGAAAUGCUGGGGUCCUGGUCCUUUGGGGACUACUUUAAGCACCUGGCCUGUGAGAUGGCCUUGGAGCUGCUGACCCAGGAGUUUGGUAUUUCCAAAGACCGUCUGUAUGUCACCUACUUCGGGGGUCACGCUGAUGCAGGCCUGGAGCCAGACCUGGAGUGCAGACAGAUCUGGAUCGACCUAGGGUUGGACGAGGCUCGCAUCCUGCCAGGCAGCAUGAAGGAUAACUUCUGGGAGAUGGGAGACACCGGCCCCUGCGGUCCCUGCAGCGAGAUCCACUACGACCGCAUUGGAGGAAGGGAUGCCUCUCACCUGGUGAACAUGGACGAUCCCAACGUCCUGGAGAUCUGGAACCUGGUGUUCAUCCAGUUCAACAGAGAGUCUGAGACUGAGCUGAAGCCACUGCCGAAGAAGAGCAUUGACACAGGGAUGGGUCUGGAGCGCCUGGUGUCCGUACUGCAGAACAAGAUGUCUAAUUACGACACUGACCUCUUCAUCCCGUACUUUGAAGCCAUUCAGAAGGGUACAGGUGCUCGACCUUACACCGGAAAAGUAGGUGCUGAGGAUGCUGACGGCCUUGACAUGGCCUACCGUGUGCUGGCUGACCACGCCCGCACCAUCACCAUUGCCCUAUCAGACGGCGGUCGCCCUGACAACACAGGAAGAGGCUACGUGUUGAGGAGGAUUCUGCGUCGUGCAGUCCGUUAUUCCCACGAGAAGCUGGGAGCUCAGAGAGGCUUUUUUGCCUCUCUGGUGGAUGUGGUGGUUGAUUCCCUGGGUGAUGCAUUCCCAGAGUUGAAGAAAGAUCCAGAAAUGGUGAAGGACAUUAUUAAUGAGGAGGAAGUGCAGUUCCUCAAAACCCUCAGCAGGGGCCGCCGUAUCCUCGACAGGAAGAUCAUGAGUCUGGGAGACUGCAAGACCAUCCCAGGUGAUACAGCAUGGCUGCUGUAUGACACAUACGGCUUCCCUCUGGACCUGACUGCCCUCAUCGCAGAGGAGAAAGGAAUGGCCGUGGACAGGGCUGCCUUUGAAGAGGAGAAGAAGGCAGCACAGUUAAGGUCCCAGGGUAAGGGCGCAGGAGAUGAAGACCACAUCAUGUUGGACAUCUAUGCCAUUGAAGAGCUGAGAAGCAAAAACGUACCCACCACAGAUGACUCUCCCAAAUACAAAUACAGUGCAGAUGAAACCGGCAAAUACGAGUUUGAGCCGGCCUCAGCCACAGUGCUGGCCCUGCGCCGUGACCGUACCUUCUGCGAUGAAGUGACCACAGGUCAGGAGUGCGGUGUGCUGCUGGACCAGACGUCCUUUUACGCCGAGCAGGGUGGACAGACAUUUGACGAGGGCUACAUGCUUCGAGAAGACGACAGCACAGGGGAUCGGAUGGAGUUCACAGUCAAGAAUACGCAGGUCCGAGGAGGUUAUGUUCUCCAUGUGGGGACAGUCUACGGCACCCUGAAGGUUGGAGACCACGUUACCUUAAGCGUAGACGAGGCUCGCCGCAGGCCCAUCAUGAGCAACCACACCGCCACACACAUAUUAAACUUCGCUCUGCGGGGGGUUUUAGGGGAGGCAGACCAGAGGGGCUCCCUGGUCGCUGCUGACCGCCUGCGCUUUGACUUCACUGCUAAAGGUGCCCUGAGCACAGGGGAGGUCCGGCGGACUGAGGAGAUCGCUUGUGCCUUGAUAAGAGAAGCUAAGACGGUGUACGCCAUGGAAGCCCCGCUAGCAAAAGCCAAGGCCAUUCAGGGUCUGCGUGCCGUGUUUGACGAGACCUAUCCCGACCCUGUGCGAGUCGUGUCUAUUGGUGUCCCCGUUGAGGACCUGCUGAAUGACCCCAACAGUGCUGCUGGUUCUCUCACCUCUAUUGAGUUUUGUGGUGGAACCCAUCUGCAGAACUCAGGUCACGCUGCACCGUUUGUCAUCGUCUCAGAGGAGGCCAUCGCUAAGGGCAUCCGCCGCAUUGUUGCUUUGACAGGAGCAGAGGCCCAGAAGGCCCAGAGGAAAGCUGAUUCUCUGCACCAGUCUUUGUCUGCACUGGCAGACAAGGUGAAGCAGCAGACGGCUCCAAACAAGGACAUUCAGAAAGAGAUCGCUGACAUGACGGAGUCAAUAGGCACAGCUGUGAUCUCCCAGUGGCGGAAGGAUGAGAUGAGGGAAACCCUCAAGGGCCUGAAGAAGGUCAUGGACGACCUGGACCGCACCUACAAGGCCGACAUCCAGAAGAGAGUCCUGGAAAAGACCAGCGAGGUUAUUGAAAGCAGCCCCAACCAACCGCUACUCAUCAUGGAGAUGGAGACCGGAGCCUCAGCUAAAGCGCUGAAUGAGUCACUGAAGCUGCUGAAGUCUCAGUCCCCUCAGACUGCUGCGAUGCUCUUCACCGUUGACCCAGACGCCGGCAAGAUCACCUGCCUGUGUCAAGUCCCACAGGAUGUGGCCAAACGCGGUCUGAAGGCCAAUGAGUGGGUGCAGGAGUUGUGCCAACUGCUGGACGGCAAAGGGGGCGGCAAGGACACAUCAGCUCAGGCCACGGGCAGGAACAUGCAAUGCCUGAAGGAGGCGCUAGAGAUGGCUAACGAGUUUGCACGGCUUAAACUGGGAGAGAACUAGGAGGAGAGAGGAAGAGGAGGAAAUGAAGUUGCAUUCGGAAGUUAGGGAGUAAAGUGGAAAUAAGGUGCUGGUUGACGAGUCUAAGUUGCACAUCACCAACCCCCAAACUGUCCUGCCUCCAUUUCCUUUUCUCUUUUCUUCUCCCCUUGAGUCAGAGAUUAGAAACACACAGAACAUGUUGACAGAUAACCACUGACACUCAGCCAGCUGUAAAUGAGACACUUCUAUAUUUAUGUCAACAAUGAUAGCUGACUUUCCCCAGUAAAUAUCAUUUCUGUGAAAGUUGCUUGUAUAUAGAGACAGAUCCUGUCAUGCAGUUAAGAGAAAGAGAUCGGCAGAUUAUUAGAGAAAUUCAAUUUAGUGUGUCCACAUCGUUAUUGCAUGCUCAUGUACAGAGGAAAAGAAAAGGGGUGUACUUUUGAUUGAUUGAGCCUCCUACAAGUACUGUACAGCUUAGAUGAAGCGACAAAAAGUGCAGUUUCUGCAUCAGACUGGUUGUGAGCAUGAUGUUGACUCUUCAUGAACUUCCAUCUUUCCUCUGUGUCUGUGUGUCUCCUCACUGUACUCCUGUGUAUUGUCAUUUAAAGCAUUUAGUCUCUGGUUCAGGGCUGCUUUAAACUUAAACAGUUUAAACUUUUGGCUUCUUGGACCACUUAAGCUGAGCCUCAGAAAGAAAAGUGAAAUGAUUUAGGUGCAGUAUACACAGUAUGUCCUUUUUGGCUGAAGGUUUAUGUCCUGAUCUCUGAGCAGUGGCUCUGUCCAUCUGUGUGAGUUAACUCCCACUGGACGUGAUUCAUAGUCUUUCUUUACAAAUAACAAGCCAUUACAUGGUAUAAGUCAACGGGUUUAAUUUAGUACAUUAACAGUUCAUUAACUGUGUAAAAUAAUCAUGAAUGUGUCUAAAAUGAAUCUGUGUUGUUUCAUUUUGCUGACAUUUAAUAUCGAUUGAAUGCAGAGUGUUGAAAUGUCAUUGUAGCUGUUCAUGUCAGAGAAAUGUCACAUUAUGGGAAUUGAAUAAAUACGACAGGCA